GUUAGCUGCGGUGGUGGUGGUGCUGGGAUCCCACCAACACAAGUUUGCCCGUCGCAACUACUGGGACGAAACGCAACUGCCGCCGCCGCCGCCGCUACCUCGGUCGCGUUCGUUCUUCAUCCCACCCAGACGGCCAAGUCAGCAAUCGCCGUCCUAUUUCUUUCUUCCCAGCCGAAGUAGCAUUUGAACAUGGUCACGGAGAUGACGCUGGCCGACUUGAUCGCUCGGGACGGUCGUGUAUCCAGUUCCGGGUCCGAAAGCAGCAGUCUCUUGAGCGGAAGCGGCAGCAGUAGCAGCAGCAGUGGCUCCAGUUCCUCUUCCGACUCCAACGACGACUCGGACAACGGAAAGGCGCCACGACGACACCGGCCGGCGCCGCCGCCACCUCCAACGGAACCGCCUGUCGCUUCGAAGUCACCACCACCGUCGUCCAAGGCGACCAAAUCCAAGCGCGUCGCGACAAAAAAGGCACCGGCAGCAGCUGCUCCAAAGGCGGCGAAACCGCCCAGCAGCAAGAGCGCGCCCGUGAAGCCGCCGGCAAAGCCAACGACCAAGCGGCGCGCGGCGGCACCAGCCAAGCCGAAAAAGACCGCCACAACACCGAGGAGGUCCAAACAAGCAACUACCGCAGCCACGGAAGUGGUCAGUCCCCCGGUAGGCACGCGCGUGCCGGUGCUCAAGACCGCGUCGGGCGCGACGAUUCAGUUGAUCAAGGGGGAAGACCCAGGGUUGAGCAGUAUGGAUGUCGAUCCAGCAGAGGAAUGCCGCGGCAAGAUUGAGCUGGGUAUGGUCGAUCCUUCCAAGCUUGCCGAGCAUGCAGAGACGGAAGUACCAGAGGAAGACGUGGACAGCGCCGUGUUCGACGCCCACGACGACAAGGGCGACGUGCUGCGCAACUUGGACCAGUUUUACUUUUGCGACGAGGCGGGGACACCGAUCAGUCUGGACGUAUUUGAACGGCCGCGCGACCAGCGGCCACUCAUCAUGGGCUUUGGCACAGUCGUACAGCCGCUGCCUCUGUCGGAACUUCCGCCGCCCAUUCGAUUCUACAUGCCAGAGAUGGUGCUCUCAACGAGAAAGCGGAAAAAAUCCACCGCGGCCGGCGGAAAGCGAAGGAAGCAUGCGACCGCCACCACGGCUGCUGCCCUGGAUUCAAGCGGCGACGAGGAUGACGACGACGACGACGGGGCAUCUGAGGACAAUUCGUCUCGAGAUGGCAACACCACCCCACGUAGCGACACGAACGGACCGGAAACGAAAAAGCUCAAGUUGGAUCAACUGGAUGGACACGCGGGUGGUACUGCGCCGCAAGACACGGAGGGGGUGGUGCCGCCGCCGCCUUGCAUCUCUUCCUCUCGGCGGUUUCAAUCGUUUGUGUAUCCGUACGGAUACAAGCGAAAGCGGUCGCUUGGGCAGGUGGACGGGGCCGAAGCGAGCGCGGGCGACGAUACCAGUGACAGUAGCAGCGACAGUGACAGCAGCAGCAGUAGCAGUAGCAGCAGCAGCAGUAGCAGCCCCCCCCAUCCCCCCCCUCCCCCUCCCUCUCCCCCCUUGCCCAACCCACCGACCGUGACCGAAUCCACCAUUCGCGACAAUAAUAAGGACGAGAAUGCCACGCCUGUCCAUACAUCCGCCGUUCCAGUUGGCAUCACAACCACCGCACCGCCGCCGCCACCGUCCACUUCGUACUGCAAAGUGCACGAAAACACGCCCAAAGUGGUUGGCGCCGACCUGGACGAGUUGAUGCGCGCCGACGGCGUGCACUCCGUGUCCGUGCACGGCAACCCCGACGACCUGGACCUGCUCGAGUGUGGCUUCCGGUACCCGUCGACAUGCGCGAGGCAGCGCGUGUGGCUCCGGGAGAUCUCCGACUGGUGUCUAGACUACACGGAAGGCGAUCCGACGCUGUGGGUCAUCACGUCGCAUGCGUGGUACAAGAUCGCGGGGCCGAUCUCGGGGGUGUUGCCUCACUGGUCGUACCGCCGCCACUUUACCAAGCCCCGGUUGUUGUUUGAAGCGUGUUUUCACAUUGCGUCCGUGCUUCGCGAGUGGCUACCCAAGAACCGUGGGCUGUCGUACCGCGCGACGCUGCAGCAAGUGAUCGAGCAGUCGAUUCUGGGGCGGUACCCGCUCACGACCAAGUUUUUGAUUGAAAACUAUCCAUUUCUGGCAUCUCAGAUGGGCAGCGUGGGCGAAGAGCACGGCGGCAACUGGCUCCAGUCGGCCUUUUUCAAGCAACUCCAGCGCAUGCACGACAGUUACCUUGUGCGCACAGCCAAGGCAGACAAGGCGAGAGCAGACAGCGAAGUGAAGCGGCUGCAGCGGGAAAAGGAGGUGCUGGACCGACGCCAAAAGGUCGAACACGAACGGGUCAAGAAGGAUCAAGUGCGCAAGCAAAAGGAAAGCGAACGCCUCGACAAGAAAAAGUACCCCAUGGAAGACCUGGAUGUGCUGAUGGAACUGCCGGCACACGAACAGGCCAAGCGGCCGCCGUACCCGCCACAGUCGUUUCCAAAUGUGGACAUUCCAGGCCCGUUGCUUGGCGAGUUGCUUGUGGCGUACCAGACGUUGCUGUCCCAUAAAGCGUUUCUCCGAAACUAUCCGAACGAGGUGGUCGACUUGGCCCAGCUCGUGCGGGGAGUAGUGAUCGAUCGGGAUCCGCCGGCGGUGGAAUUCGUGGCCAAUGUGUUCGUGUCGCUGCUAGAUACGAUCAGGGAAGGGGCGACGACCCCCACCACUACCACCACUGCCGUGUAUGGCAUCCAAGAACGCCUUCAUCACGACACUGCGUUGACUGCAUUCACGUGGCCAGAAGUGCUGCGGGCGAUGCUUUGCCCAGAGGACAAGUACAUUGGUCCCGUGGAUCCGUUGGUUGGGUGCGAAGCAGUGCAUGAAAUGGUAUCCAAACACCCCCAAGCGCUAGCGUUUCUUGAACCAGUCGAUGUCGAGGGGUUGGGUCUGGCGGAUUACCUCGAGAUUGUGACCACCCCCAUGGACUUGACGACCGUGGGCACGCGCCUCCACUCGGGUGUGUACGAGGACGAGUCGUUGUUUGCCCACGACAUGCGGCUCAUCUGGUCGAACGCUAUCACGUACAAUGGAGAUACGUCGGAGAUUGGCAAGACCGCCGCCAUCCUCUCCGAGUUGUUUGAAACAGAGUAUACGCGUCUUGUGGUAGACAAGAACGACCGCAUCCGCCACAGAAAUCGAACAGACCCAGUCGUCGCCGCCGCCCCCACCACCACCGCUCCCCUGCAUGAAGCGUUGCGGGUCGCAGACUUUUCUCAACUAUCACUGGAGCAGCGUGUGGCGGCGCUGUCGUGGGCGGUUGAUACGCUGGUGACCCUCCCAUCCAUUCGGGCGGAGAUUGACCAAAAUGUCGAGCUCGAGUUUGACAUUUUGCGCGAGUAUCGAAAGGUCGAGCGCGACGUGGAAACGGUCCGGCGCCAUGCCGACAAGAACCGACGGGAGCGCGAGGACGAGUUUCGGCAAAUGUGCAUCAACCAGGGCAUCCCGACCAACUACAACAACGUGUUCUCGGACGCAACCAAGAAAAAGCACGAGUUUAUCGCCGAGUUUUACACCAACAUUGCCAACGAACGGGUAGCCGAGGACGCGGCGUUCGCACUGGAGCGGAAAAACCACGAGCAGAAGGUGGCGGACCGCCUCGCGGGUCUGUCGGUGCGCUUCGAGCCUCUGGGCAGCGACCGGUUCCACGGCCGGUACUGGCUCUUGGCCCCGGGGUGGCUCGUGUACGAGUGGGAAGGGUCGUUUUGUGUCUACACGGACGAACAACACGUGAGAGCGUUGGCGCAGUGGCUGAAUCCAAAGGGGGUGCGUGAAGUGCACUUGAAAGGCCGACUCGAGGCGGCGAUGGAUACGAUAGUGUCGCACUUGGCCAAAAAAUAUCACAAUCAUCAAGUGUCUUCGUCGUCGCUGGUCAACGUCGCGGGGCUGUCUGUGGAUACGCUGGAUGCAUUUAACGUUCCUGUGGCGUCAACUAGCGGCCAUGACGCGGCCGUCCAUGGCUUGCGCACGCUGUUGGCGUACGUGACCGACAACGGAUGCGCCAAGCACUCUUUUGGCGGCGAAGUCGGGUGGCGGGCGUCGAUCGCCGAGUCGCGGGAUGUGGCGUCGGUAGCUGGGCUGAUGGGCCAGUUGGAACAGUACUUGGUCACGAGCCUCAACCACGACCUACUCCAAGCCGGAUGGAAGCAAAAGCGCCGCGAGUGGCGCUCCAGUGUGGACGCCGCCCGCACCAGUGCGCAGGUGAUGGUGCUGUUCGAGUGUCUGGUGCGCAACUGCCUCGUCCUCGAUGCGUUCGUCGACUAUGUCGUACAGCUCGAUCGAAACGAAUGGCUCAAGCUGCGCCCGAAACCAGCGCGAAACUUUUGCCCCGACGUGGGCGACCAAGUCGUGUACUUUGGCGAUGGCCACGCCCAAGCCGUGCAACUCGACCAACGGAAAAACAAGCCAGUCAAGUGCGACGCCCCGCUGGUCGGGACGUCGCUUGUGUGCCGCGCCACACACAUCUCGUACCACCACGGCAGCGGCGACCCGUAUGCGAUCGUGACGCUCGAGCCGGACGGCCAGGAGAUGACGACAUAUCUCCGACGCCCCCCCGGCAGCGUCCUGUGCACAUCGCCGUCGUCGGUUCAAAAGCUGGGCCGGAUCCUUUCGCGGAUCGUGGCCAAGUUGCGCGCCGAGCCGGACGCUGACCCGUUCCUGGACCCAGUGUCCAAAGCCGACUUUCCCACGUACACGGACAUCGUACUGCACCCGAUGGACUUGGGGAAAAUCGCCGCACAGAUCAAAGAUGGCAAGUACUCGAGUGUAGACGCGUUCGUGAGGGACGUGACGCUCAUGGCGGACAACUGCCAGUUGUUUUGCGAAGGCCGGUUUCCCACGCUGCCGCCCAUGGCGUGGCACCUUGUGACGAUGUGCCAGAGCCUGGUCAAAAAGUACGCGGUCGAGCUCAAGGGGGCUAGUACCAGUAGCAUUGUUGGUGUGGCUGAACAAAGCCAAGGGAACAAAGGGGGCGAUGAUGAUGUUGUGGUGCCCACGAGGCUCGUGCUUGUACUUCGUUUGGAAAACAGACUGCCCGAGUUUGUUGUGGAUUCGAAACGGUACGAAGGGGCGAUCCGCCGGCCAUGGAAGUCGGGGGACAAGGUCCGGAUACUGUACCGAGACGCCAAAGGCAACCCGACAGAGUACUAUGGCGGCGUGGCGGCGGGGUCGCUGCCGUUCAACUCGAACGGACUCUUGCCGUGGGAAGCCCUGCGUAUCACGUGGGACCAAGACGAUGGAAGCUCAGAAGACAACCGCGUCAACCCUUGGGAAGCCGAGGUGACCAAGAAAUAGACCGACGACAUUUCGGAUACCCAAAGAAUCAAUCCAUAAUAUCAUGUCACUUGCACAUUAUCUCACUUUACAA